AUGUGGGAAUGGUUCGUGUGUAUCAAAGGUCUCGCUCUGCAGACAGGUGUCUGGGAAUAUAUUGAUCCAGACGAUGAGACGAUUACCAAAGAGAAACCGGUGAAACCGACCCUACCGGUUCCAGCGAAGGAUUUCAUGGAUAUGGAUGAAAGCGAUCGAUUCGUUUGGCAACUAGAAUCCGAGCACUAUGAUAGGCUGGCGCGCAUAUACCGUGAGGAGCGAGAUGGCCUGGCAGCCGUCUGGAACGCUAUCCAGACCACCGUCAGCCAGAAUCACCGUUUUGUCUUUAGGCGGUACGUCUCAGUGAGGCAACUGCUAAUCAAACUGCGAAAUUGGAUCGCACCAAGGGAGGAUUGGUAA